AUGUCCUCUCGGGAACCGUCACUCGCAGACAAAGAGGUCUUCUUCGCUGAGCUCUGGGCCCUAGGCGCUGACCUCAACAGCGAAGAAGAUGCCAUCGAUGAAGUUGAGGCCGAGCGAGGCCGGCGCUCAAGGUUGGCGCUCCAAGGCAGACCAUCGAGAAUCACAAAGCCAAAUAAGCGCUCUAUGCCUCCUGCCUUCUCCGUCUCGAAGUCGCCAGUCUCUGCCUCGCACCCUCGAAGGACGGCCUCAUCCCCUCUCCCUGCAAAAGAACCGCCGACCGCCAAGACCAUCGAGCGAACGCCUCUUGCCGCGAUGAGGAGGCCUGGGAAAGAAGCCGCAGAGGACUCGCCCUCGGUCGUCGAAGAGACGCCUAUCCCCGACUCGACACGUGCGCCGUGCCAACCCAUCCAUCUCCUGCGCACGACGUCCACGCCCAACCCGCCGAUGAGGCAGUUGCACCCGCCGCCGCACCGCGACGAGUCGCCGUCCCUCAACGCGACGGUGAAGAAGCGCAAGCGUGACGCCCCUGUCAAGCUCGUGCCCGCGCAGCAGCAGAUCUUCAGAGAGCAGCACUUCUUCUUCAUCCCCAACGACGACAUUGCCCCGGCGAGGCGCAUCCGCAUCCGCAAGGCGCAGGAGUAUGGCGCCUCGUGGACGCGCAGCCUCGACCGAGCCUCGCACGUCAUUGUCGACAAGGGCCUCUCGUGGAAGAACAUUGAGCCCAUCGUGACAUCUGCUGGUGGCGCCGGCACGGCCGUUGUCGUGAAUGAGACGUAUCCCCUCGACUGCAUCCAGUUUCGGAGCGUGUUGAACCCGAAGCAAAAACAGUACCUGGUCACGGGAUAUCCGAGCGAGCAGCUCGUCGAGGCACCAGGUGUGGCAGCCCCCUCUGAUGUGUCUGUGCCUGCGGGAUCGCCUGCGUCCCUGCAGUUGAAGCCGCCGCCGAACAACCCCAAACGCUUCGGUUACGUGCCGCCGCCCAGUACCUGCUCCCAGAGCGAGCAGUCGGCAGAGGAGGCACAGAACGAGCUGGCUGUGCCGGGGGCACCAGAAACAUCCGCGGCCCACGAGGCAGAGAUGGAAGACGAGCUCGCAGAACUCAUCUCGCAGAUGCAGGAAUUUAGGGAUGUUCCCUCUGACUCUGAUGACGACAACGGCGACGGCGAUGCCCCCAUUGCAGGCUCCUCGGAGCCCCUUUCAGAUGCAGAACACUCCGACGGUGAGCCGAGCGGCAAGAAGCAGAGGCCGGUGCGCGCCACCCGACCACAUGGCCGACUAUUAUGGCCGCAUCAACGACACGUGGCGACCCAUUGCCUACCGCAAGGUCAUCCUCGCUCCUCAAGCGGCAGACGCGCAAAAUAUCGACGGCUGCCGACGCCAUCCGUCUGCCCGGUGUCGGUGCGCGCUCGCCGACAAGAUGAGGAGAUUGUCACGACCGACAGGUUGCGGCGUCUCGAGCACGCCGAGCGCGACCCGGCCGACGAGACGCUGCAGCGGUUCGUGCGCAUCUACGGCGUCGGCAACGCGCAGGCAAGCCGCUGGAUCGCCCAGGGGCACCGCACUCUCGACGACCUCCGAGCUAGGGCCGUGCUGUCGGCGAACCAGCGCAUCGGCAUCGACCACUACGACGACCUCAACACACGCAUCCCGCGCCGCGAGGUCGAGGCCCUCGCCGCCGUCGUCCGGUCGGCCGCCGCCGCCCUCGACCCCAGCGUCGAGCUCAUCGUCGGCGGCAGCUACCGCCGCGGCGCCGCGUCGAGCGGCGACAUUGACCUGAUCGUCACGCGCGAGGGCACGACCUCGGCGCGCGAGCUGCUCCCGUUUCUGACGCGGCUGACGCGCACGCUCGAGGCGCGCGGGUUUCUCGUUGCGGCCCUGGCCACAUCGCGCGACGACGACGCCGGCGGCGGCACAAAGUGGCACGGGUGCUGCGUGCUGCCCGAGCCGGAAGCCGCGCGUCUGCACUUGGGCGAGGGCGUGGGCUCCGAACGAGGCUCAGAUCCAGGCGCGCCCUCACCCGCGACGCCGUACCGUCCCGUGUGGCGCCGGAUUGACUUUCUCGUCGUGCCGGCGGCCGAGCUCGGGGCCGCGCUGCUGUACUUUACCGGCAACGACAUAUUCAACCGCAGCAUGCGGCUGCUGGCAGCCCGCAAGGGCAUGCGGCUCAAUCAGCGCGGGCUCUACCGCGACGUCCUGCGGGGGCCGGACCGGGCCAAGGUGACCGACGGGGCGCUGCUCGAGGGGCGGGACGAGAGGCGCAUCUUCGCGCUGCUGAACGUGACGUGGCGCGAGCCGCACGAGCGGUGGUGCUGA